AUGGCGAAACCGACAGUCUACGUGCUCGAUCCCUACCACGAAGAUGCAAUCGCUUGUCUCAAGUCUACCUCGUGGAUCGAGCUCAUCCUCCCCAAUGAUCCCCGCAAAGCCGACUGGCACAACCACGCAGAUGGGAUCAUAUUGCGAUCCGAAACACAACUCCAAGCCGACGACUUCCGCCGCGCCAAGAAGCUGCGCGUUGUCGUGAAGCAAGGGGUAGGCGUCGACAAUAUCGACCUGAAUGCCGCCAAAGAGGCCGGCAUCGCGGUGCACAACACCCCCGCGCUGAACAGCGAGUCCGUGGCUGAAUUCUCGCUGGCGCUAGCCCUCUCCCUGAGCCGGCGGGUGGCGGAAGUUGAUCGCCGUGUGCGCAAUGGGGAUAGGAUUGUGCGCAGCCAGACGCUGGGACUGAGUCUGUUUCGCAAGACUGUGGGAGUGGUCGGGAUGGGGAAUAUUGGGAAAGUGGCGGCUAAGAAAUGGAUUGGGGCAUGUGAGGCAGAUGUGAUCGGGUUUGAUCCUGUUGCACCGGUGAAUGUGUGGAAUCAGGCGGAGAUUCCGCAUACCAGAGUCCAGACACUGGACGAGUUGAUCACCAAGUCGGAUGUGAUCACGCUGCAUGUUCCGUUGCUCGAGAGCACACGGGGUCUGAUUACGGCCCGGGAGCUGGGGAUGAUGAAGGAUCGAGCGAUUCUGAUCAACGCGGCUAGGGGAGGAAUUGUGGAUGAGAAGGCCUUGCUGGAUGCAUUGAAAGAGAAAAGGAUUUGGGGCGCUGUCCUGGAUGCCAUGGAGGUUGAGCCGCCCACGUUGGAGGCAUAUGGGGAUUUUUUGGAACUGGAUAAUGUGAUCAUGACACCGCAUAUUGGGGCAUCCACCAUCGAGAACCAGAGUAACAGUGGCCUUGCCGUGGUGAAGACAUUACUGGCUGUUUUGGAGGGGAAGACUGAUGAUGUACCGGGGAAGUUAGUCUAG